AUGGGCUCGGACAAGUGCUCGCCGGUCGAUGACGCCUUAAUCGACUCGCCACGCCGUAUCCCGCUGACCGAGAGCGCCAGACGCGCCCAACGGAAGCUGCAGCUGGCCUGCCUGUGCUCCGUCGUCUUCAUGUGCGCCGAGGUCGUCGGGGGAUCCAUCGCCGGCAGUCUGGCCAUCAUGACGGACGCCGCGCACUUGCUGUCGGACGUGGCCGGCUUCUGCAUCUCGCUGUUCGCGAUCUGGAUGAGCACGUUACCAGCUUCCAACAGUUUGAGCUUCGGUUUCCAACGAGCUGAUGUGAUCGGCGCAGUGGUCAGCGUGCUGUGGGUGCUGACGGGCAUGUUGCUGUACGCCGCUGUGAAACGAUUCAUCGAGUGUCUGGAGCCCCAUCCGAAGGAGCACGUCGACGGGAAGCUCAUGUUCAUCGUGGCCUGCAUCGGCCUGCUUGUGAACAUCGUCCUGAUGCAGAUCUCGGGCCACGGACACUCACACGGAGGAGGAGGCCAUAGCCACUCGCACGGGGAGAAAACCCAGGGUCACUCGCAUGGAGGACGUUCGCACGGUGAAGGCAAUCACCAUGGCCAUUCGCAUGGAAUUGAUGCUAAACAUGGCCACUCGCAUGGUCCUGAAGAAUGCAGUGGCGAGGAAGGGCGCCGCCACCACCACAAGAACUUGGAGAACCUCAACAUUCGCUCGGCCUACAUCCACGCACUGGGCGACUUCAUUCAGAGUCUGGGUGUCUGCGUCGCCGGUGGCCUCAUCUGGUUCAAGCCCGAGUGGCAGAUCGCCGAUCCGAUUGCCACCUUCGUCUUCUCCAUCCUUGUGGUGGGGACGACCGUCGGCAUUAUCCGUGAUAGCAUCCACAUGCUGAUGGAGGGCACCCCUCUCGACAUCGACACCAAGGAUAUCGAGGAAGAGCUGCAAAACUGCCCGUCUGUUGUGGGCGUACACGACUUGCACAUUUGGUCGCUAAGUGCCGGGUUGCCGUCGCUGAGUGUGCACUUGGUGUCAGGUGAUCCAGAGACAGCACUCCGCGGCGCCCAGCGCUUUCUGUUGUCCAAGGGGAUCACUCACUCUACCAUCCAGAUCGAGACUCCCUUCGCAAUAUACCCGCGCGACUGCGCCGCCGAUCUCAAGUGCGGCCAGGUGUCGCCACCGCGCGAGGAAUACGUAGUCGACUAA